AUUUUCUUGCUCUAUUCUUCUGUUCAAUUCUUUGUUCUUCAUGUGUUCUGGAGAUUCUUCUCUGAAGAAAACCCAAACAGUUCUGGCUUUCUGGUUUCCAUCAUGUGGGAAUCAGAGAGUGAGUCUGUUAUGGGAAGAGAGUAUGGAGAUGGAGUCCUCAGUUCAAGUAACCAUGGAGUUAAGACUGAUGGGGGAACGAAGAGAUCAGUCAUGGUAUGUUGCUACUGAUAUUCCAAGUGAUGUUCUAGUUCAAGUUAGAGAUGUUAGUUUCCACUUACAUAAGCAUCCCUUGCUCUCCCAGAGUGGAAAGAUGAAUAGAAUCAUAUAUGAAUCACGAGAUGCAGACCUGAACAUGAUUGUGUUGGAUGACCUUCCAGGUGGAGCUGAUGCAUUUGAGCUUGCAGCAAAAUUCUGCUCUGGGAUUGCAAUUGAUCAGAAAGAUGCAAAUAUCGCAGGCCUUAGAAUGACUUACAAAGACUCUAUAAAAGUUUCUUUUAAUCACUAUUUUGUGUUGGAUCAAAUGAAUAUCUUGGAAAAUCUUCUAGUUUUAGAAUUUUGCUACCACUUCAUUGUAACUGCUGCAGAAAAAUAUACAAAUAAAAGGUUUGGAAAAUUGAAUCUUUCCAAUGAGAACUGCAAGUGA